GGCUCCCAUCCAUAAUUAAUCGCCGCCCCGCAGCCGCCGCGAUAAGAGAGGGCGGGCGGGGACGAGGAGGCGGCGGCGACCGGGAGGCGGGGGGGGGAGCGUGUGCGCUCGCCGCGCCCGGCUCACUGCGGCCGGCGGCUGCCUGCCGUGCGGAGCGCAGCCCAGCUCAGCCGCCCCGUCGGGGAGCGCCGCGCUCGCAUGGCCGCGCCGCGCCGCGCCGCCGCCGCCGCGGGGCCGAGGGGGGCCGCGGGAGGAGGAUGAGGCGGGCGGCGGGGCGGCGGCGGCGGCGGCGGCGCGGAGGAUGAAGUGGAGCGUGCGGGGAGCCUGCGCCGCGCUCUCCAGCUGCCUCCUGCUCGCCUGCGCCCUCAGCGCCGCCGCCGUGGGCCUCAAGUGCUUCUCGCUGGGCUCCGAGCUGAAGGGCGAGCCCUUCCGCCUGGGCACCGCCGCCGGCGCCUUCUACUCGGGGCUGCUGCUGGCCGCCGGCCUCUCGCUGCUCGCCGCCGCACUGCUCUGCUGUCGCCCGCCCGACGAGGCGCCCGCGGCGCCGGCUCCGGCCUCGGCCUCGGCCCUGGCCCCGGCUGGCGACCCGGACGCGGCAGGCGGCGGCCCCGGCGGGGGGGAGGCGGCGGCCGUGCCGUCGGGGCCGGUGGAGAAGGCGCCGCCCGGGGGGCGGCAGAACUUCCUGCUGCUGGGGGUGCUGGUGUUCAUGCUGGGCGUGCUGAGCGCCUUCGCCGGCGCCGUCAUCGACGGCGACACCGUGUCGCUGGUGGAGAGGAAGUACUCGCACUACUGCCUGCUGCAGCCCGGCGGCGCGGCCCGGCCACGGAGCGGCCCCGCGGCCCCCGACAGCUCCGCCGCGGCUCUCCGCUGCCAGAAGCUGCGGGACUACCAGCAAGGCUUGGUGCUCUCCACGGUCUUCAACGCUCUGGAGUGCCUCCUGGGCCUGCUCAACUUGCUGCUCGUCAAGAACUACAAGGCCUCGCAGCAGCGCGGGCGGCGGAGGCGGCGGCGGCGAGCGGCACCGGCGACGGCGGCGGCGGGCGGGCGGCGGCGGCGGCGGCGGGGCGGCGGCGGCGGGCGGCGGGCGCCGCGCCACAGCCAGGGCUCCCUCUUCUCCGGCGGCGAGCCCGAGCUCAGCCCCGGGGACUGCCCCUUCCAGGCCGUCUCCUACAUCAACGUGGGCGUUUUCCACGUCUUCGACGAGGCAGGCGUGGAGGUGCACUGCGGCGGGCAUCCUUCCGUCGAGCUGCCCGGCUACUCGCCCAUGGACCCCGAGCUCAACGCCUCCUACCCCUACUGCUACCCGCUGCCCAGCGAGCAGCCCCCCGCCUACGAGGAGAUCUACCCCGGGGAGCCCUGCGCUCACGGCACCUAGCGCCGACCGCCGGCGGGACUCCCGGCUCCCCGCCCGGCCCCCGGCUCGCCGUGACACCCGGGAGCGGGAGCGGGUCGCCCGGCGCCUCGCAGCCGCGGGGCUCGGGAACAGCCCUCGCACCGCCGACGGGACGGCCCGGCGCAGCGGGCCGCGGGCGGGGUGCCGCCGUGCCUCUGGCUCUGCGGAAGCUUCUCCUCCCACCCUCCCUCUCCGCUUUCCCCCUUCUCUUCCCCCUCCCCUCCCUCACACCGACCGUCCGUCCGUCUGUCCGUCCCUCUGUCCGCCGGCGGCUGAAUUUUCCAAAGGCUGCGCAAGAAACGCCUGACGGUUGGUUCCUACGGCCGCCUCUCCUCCGUAGCCAAGUUUAGUUCCCUUCGAGUGAUUCAUCAGUCUCCAGCUUUAGCAGUCCAGAGUUACCCAUUGUUGAUAACCAGCCAGUGUAAGGAAAAGGUGUCAUGAAGCUUCUUUACCUCUCAAAAGAGCUAAAUUUCUAAACAACGCAGAGACAUUUGUGUCACGUUUACUAGAGGUGUAUUGGGGAUCUUUAACGUUUACACUACUCCUUGGGAGAAUCGAGUUCUGUUUUAAGAUUUAGUGAGUUAAAACAUUCGUUGGUCUUGUAAGAUGCACAUUGAGAAAAACCUGCACUUUGAAAAAGAAACAGGAAAAAAUCAACAACGUUUUUGUACACUGACGUGCCUGCUUUUGUUGAUAACUUCUUACUGUAAAAGCUUUCAGAAGUCUAUAGUGAAAAAUGUUUGGUAAAUUCACUGCAGUUUAAAAUUGAUGAUUAGUUCCUUUACUGAAACAACUGAGAUGUUGCUAGGAUAUGGCAGUUAAAAGGAAAGUCCAAAUGUCAUACACAUUCCUUUUUGUAAACAGGUUCUCUGUUUUUAAUGCAAGGCAGGAUUUCUUUUUGUUUUACACAGGUGAAGGGUUUAAUUCUAUUUUGUACAACUACAUAGUUUACCUUGUAAAGAGUUCCAUUUUACCUGUUACAAUUCAUCAAUCUGGUAAGCUUGAAUAUUAAAAGUUUUAUUUGAAAUAUAUAUAUAUUGUAAAACAGCCUUAACUGGUGCAGUGGUCACAGUUUUAAAGAUUUAAGAAAAAAAAAAAAAGAUAAACCAUCUUGGAAGACAUCUUCCAAAUGUGUUUUCAAAACAGUAGUUAUACUCCUAUUACGAGAAUUUUCUUUUUUGUUUUUAAAAAAAAAAAAAAGAGGCCACUUUAAUUCCUGAAGGGGGGGUAGGGUGGGGGGAUGGAUAAUAGCACUGUAUGUGUUAACUCUUUCUGAACUUAGAGGUAUUAAAAAGGCUUUCUGCAAAGAGAAAAACUGCUAAAUCCUUCUUUUGGAUUUUGCUGUGGAAUGCCAGGACCAGAUAGUGUAAGAAAGUGCUAAUUAAAGAAAAGCAGGUAUGGCGUAUUUUAUUACAUCAUUUGAGAACAGGUAAAGGCUUAAUUUCAUGUUGCACACAGAACCAAAAAGCAACUCUUCAGGUUGCAUUUAGUUCAGUACCCCCUCCCCCAGGUACAGCAUACUAAAAUGAAAUAUUACAAAAUAACAUUUCUAUUAAUCCUGUGUUUGGAGCCUGCUGCAUAAUGCCAGUGUAUCAGCUACCCAGAAACAGAGAGAGAGUGUUAAGGGAAUGCAAAGUUACAGUCUAUUUCUGUGGUCGAUGCAAAAUUAUUGUUUAACUUUUAGCUGCAGAGAGACUGACGUAAUUUAAAUCCUUGGAAUUGGAGAGAGAAGAUUUUAACCUAAAAAUAUUAAAAUCUCUGCACUGUUUUGUUUUCUAAAUUGUCUUGACUUGCACACUUUCUAUAAUCUGAAAUGCAGAAUGACUGAGAAGUCUUAAAAUUGCAAACUGAUGUCUGUGAAGCUCACAAUUAAAGCUGUAAUCUAGAGAAGACAGUUAAAAGCAGCAGUUGCCAAUUUGCCAAGUAAUUCUAAAUAGCGGAAAUUUAAAAUAUAGCUCUUCUUGGCCAGCAGAUUUUCUUGUGCAGAAUGCCAGCCUAAAACAUAUGCCCUGGCUAAGUCCCAUUUUAGUACUGAAGACUAGUUUUAUGCUAGCUCUCUGCAGAUGCAUGUCCUUAACCCCUCAUGGGGAAGUGACCAGGAAGUCCUGUAGUCUUUACGUAUAAUACUCAUUUAGGCACAAAACCAAUCCUGUAACAUACUGCAUUGCUCAUACAGAUGAGAUUUUGCAAAAUGAGUAACUAAAGCAAGGAGGUUAAAUCCUUAUGUGGGUCUCCAGUUGGAUGUGACAGCGUUAGUACCCUGUACUGAAUUAAAUGGGAACUGCUAGGCGGCAGGGUCAUUUUGAAAAACAGACCAGCUAGGUGCCUAAAUAAAGAUGCAGAAGUGUAAUAAUAGUUGUUGGCUUUAAAAAAAUUGGCUAUACACACUGUAGUUCAUGGAAGUUGUAUCUUAGUUUUACUUAAGGAAUUGAUUUUUGACAUAAAACGACAGUAUUUUACUUAACUAUUUUAGGAAUUGUGAACUAGACAGUUCUGAAACUCCAGAUGUUCCAAAGAUCAGUGCUCAGGGAAAUAAAUGGAAAGUCAAGAAAGCUACCUAUUAUACUCAAUUGUUUAAAUGUAAACAAUUUUAAACUAUGAAUUUUUAAGAUUGUUAAAUUCAUAACUUUUUUUUUUGUAUGUGUGUGUGUACACGUGUAAGUGUGCUUGCGUUUUAUUUAAGUCUGUUCAGAAUGCCAUUGAAUUAGGAUAUUUAUUUGUGGCUCAGUUUUAGUUCCCAAAUUUCUACUUCAUUUGGGCUUUUAUCCCCUGUAAUAGUUUAAUUUAGUGGUGGACAGAUUGCCAGAAUAACGUCCAAGUUGGACUCCCACAGAAGCCAGUAGGCGUCAUUUCAUUGACUUCAGUGGGUCUGGGCACAAAUUAUAUGUAACACCUACUCUAUAUUGGUCUUCUGGCAUGACAGGGUGCAGCAGUGGCAUAUUAUUUCUCAGUUAGUUAUUAUUUGUAUGGACAGCAGUAUUAAGGGAGGUCACCUAUGGUAUUAUCCACAUUUAAAAAAAAAAACAAACAGGAAAAAAAUUGGCAGGCAAAUUGACUAAACAAGCCAUGUUUUCUUAAAGAUGGUAUACAAAUGUUUCAGGUAUCUGGUGACUAACUUUUCCGAUAAAACACAAGUAUUUAUUUCUCAGUGAGAAGAAACCUAUAAAUACAGGAUACAAGAUGAGGCUUCACAAGCAUGAUUGCAGUAUUGUGAAGCCAUUUUUAGUAAACCUGAAUCAUCACUCUAUCUUCUGAGCAAUAAUGUUAGAGUGUAUAAACUGUACCGUGCCGAAAUUGAAAAUAGGCUGGUGUGGGAAGCAUCAGAGCGUAGAUUAAUUACCUGAGAGGACUGAUACUGUCCCUUUAUUUUCCAUUCCCUGUCACCUGAUUGUCGAGGUGAAUGCAAGCCUGAUCAAUUCAUGUCACUGGAGGAUGUUAACUGCAAGGCUUUUGCCUUAAGUAGCAAAACCAGGGAGAUCAGAAGAGAAACAUCAUGUGUGUGCUAUGAAAUCUCCACAUUGCUUAGCUGAAGUAACGACAAAACCGCUUUUUGCCCCGUGGCUUGUUAAUUUGCUUGCAGCUUUACUCACAUCUGUUCAAAGGGAAGGAAGAAUAGACGCAAUACUGCUGUUUUGGUCACAGUGUAGUACUGAUUUGGUAGCAGAAUGCUUCCAGCUUUCCUGUCCCUUUUGCAGGUAAUAGCAGCUAGUCAAGGAAUGAAACGGUGGAAAAUCAAGUCUGCUGUCUUUGAUGGGACAGAAUUUGCCUUCAUGUGGAAAAAAAAAUGUAUUCCCACCAGCCUAUUAGCAAUUCACAUGAAUUAUUUUCACACUCCAACAUCCUUGCUUAAAUUGGUUACUUAUACUUUGCAUUGUAAUGGACAGACAGAAUAUACAUGAAUCUAAAAACAGGUAAAAAUGAUGUUAGAGGGAAAUUGUAUUAAAGUAGUACAGAUUUUACUCAAAAGUUUGAUUUCACUGUAGGACUUCUUUGGUUCACCAAAAAGCGCUAUGGUGGCUGGUAUAACUUAGACAUAUUUCAGACAUACUGUUUAAUCAUCAGAAAAGGUUUCUGAAUGUUCACAAGAACAGCAGUCUGUUUCUGCUUUUGGACAUAGUACAUAUGAAAACCUUUUCUUCAUUUUGCCAUUUAAUCUAAGAUUGAUCCUCAAGAAAAUGUCAGUAAUUGAUCUUGUAAUUUUAGGAUCAAUAAAAUACAUUUUAAAGCACAGCAUAUCCUAUAAGAAAAGCCUAAUGCUCUUCAUUUCAUAUUCUUCAUUGUCUUAGAUGGAUGUCUAAUAGUAAAACUGAAACUAGGGAUGUAAUUACCACUUCCAUUACAAAAACAUGUUUUUCAGGGACUUAUAACUUGUACAAGUGGAAUCCUGACAUAAAAUUCCAGGUUUUACCAUGAAGUCAAGUCUGUUUCCAUGAGUUAGAUAUUUCCCUGUUACAGGAUGUUCCAAUAAAAAUAUUGCUUUAUUACCAGAUAAAUUCAACUGGUGAAAAUCUAGAUCUGUUAAUUUCGUGUGACGGCACUCGUUUUAAGUAUGCUAAAGUUACCUUUCAGCAGUACAGGCUCGUAUUUCCAAUUAAAAUGUGUAAGGGUAAGACUGAA